CUAGCUAUCGCCUUACUUCCCCUUCAUCCCUUCUUUGUGCUCCCCGGAGAGAGUUGAAGCCCCGCCGCCACCUUGCCUUAGCGCAAUCUCCGGCAACUGUAGCCAUGGGUCGCAUGCAUAGUCGCGGGAAGGGCAUCUCUUCAUCGGCGUUGCCCUACAAGAGGACCCCGCCAAGUUGGUUGAAGAUUUCUGCACAAGAUGUCGACGAGAACAUCUGCAAGUUCGCUAAGAAGGGGUUGACACCGUCCCAGAUCGGUGUUAUCCUUCGUGAUUCUCACGGUAUCGCGCAGGUCAAGUCUGUCACCGGAAGCAAGAUUCUUCGGAUCCUCAAGGCUCAUGGGCUUGCACCGGAGAUCCCGGAGGACCUUUACCACCUGAUAAAGAAGGCGGUGGCUAUUAGGAAGCAUCUGGAGAGGAACAGGAAGGACAAGGAUUCGAAGUUCAGGCUCAUCCUCGUGGAGAGCAGGAUCCACCGCCUUGCCCGCUACUACAAGAGGACCAAGAAGCUUCCUCCAGUCUGGAAAUAUGAAUCGACCACUGCAAGCACUCUCGUGGCCUAGACUUUCAUUUCUGGAGCUCGUUUUUCUGGUGGUUUUCCCCAAUGGUAGCUGCAAGAUCUUGAGAUGCAACAUCUUUUGGUAGAGCUUAGGAGCUUGUGUUUAUUUAAUCUUCCGGAACAAUCAAAAAGAGACAUCUUUGAUGUUUUGAACCGAAUCUUUGUUUUCUGCUUUUAUCCCAGAUAGUUAUAAUAGUGAUUUUGUGUGUUUGAACUAAUUUCCAACUACUGGUGGUGUAAUGCGAGCUCUUCUCUCUUUCAUUUUUUAAUAACUAAA